AUCAUAUCAAGAAGGCGUUGGCUUUGACAGCUGUCAAGCUGUGUUGCUGUAGUUUUUUGAGGUUAUGUUGAAUAAAUUUGGAAAUGAAGAGUUUAUAAGUUCUAAAUAAAUACAUUUGAGCAAAAUUCUACAAUGGCAGCAUUAAUUGAUGUUUAUGAGCAACAAUAUGCAGUUAUCACAGCAGAUAUUACUUCAAAAAUCGGAAGACUAUCAAAUUUAUCUGGAGGCGAGCGUCGUCAUGUUAUCUCGGAAUUGGAUAAGCUCUUCGAUGAAGCUAAAGAACUUAUGGAGCAAAUGGGUCUUGAAGUGCAUGAAUUAAAAUCAUCCGAUCAAUCAAAACUUAAAACUAGAAUUGAAAGCUACAAGGCAGAGCUGAAACGACUAGAACAGGAAUUUUCCAACGCUAAGAAAAGUAGCGUUAACUCCCAAGAUGGCUAUAGUGAGAGGAUAGAACUGUACAGCGAGUGUGUGAGCCUGAAUGAGGAGCAGAAGCAGAGGCUUCUAGACAACGCUGAGACGGUCGAGCGAACAGGCAAGAAGUUGACUGCUGGCUAUCAGGUGCUUUUGGAGACUGAAGAUAUCGGCAAUCAGGUUCUCAGGGACUUGCAUUCGCAGAGAGAAACAAUACAGAAAUCUAGGUCCAGGUUACGAGAAACAAAUGCAGAACUGGGAAGGAGCAACAGAAUCAUCAAUGCGAUGAUCAACCGAUCUCUCCAGCACAGAUUCCUUCUGACAGCUAUCGCCAUCUCUUUCUGCCUCGUUGUCAUGAUCAGUAUCUACAUUUCAGCUACUCGUUCCAGAUAAACUAGACUUGUCUUUAUACAUUCCUCUAUGUAUUUCCUUAUCAUCUUAUCAUUAAUCACUGCUCUAUAAUAAAAUUAAACACACCUUUUACUUAAUAAUUGAUUCCAACUGAUGACUCAGGAUUGUGAUAACGGUUUGCCCUCCUGCUAAAUACCAGGUGCUCUAUUUUGAGCAUGAGAUUAUGAUUUAUGCUAUCAGUAUUUAAAAAUUAGGUAACAUGUUUCAUGAUGAAUUUAAUUAUAACUAUUAGGAUACGAAAGUAUAAUAUUUCAUAAAUUGUUAAUUAUAAGAAAAUACUAUUGAUAUAAUGUAUCUUAGUUGUGAUUUAAAUAUCUUGAUUGAUUAUAUCUAGAUCCCUGAUUGAAAAAUUGUUUGUUAUUAUUGAAUUGAGACUUGAUUAGUGUUCUGUUGAUUAUAGAUAAUUUUUAAUUUAGUUAUAAAAAUUAGUUGCUGAAUUAAUAAACUAGGGUAACUUUUAGAUUUUAAAUUAUUGGAAAUUAAGACUUAUAAGUUGGUUAAUAUGUUUUUGUGAUGUAAUAAAGUGUGUAGAAAGUAAUUACUACGUUCAAUGAAUUACUAAUGAAUGUGGUUAAAUUGAAAUUGGAAGUCCACGUGUAACUUGUAUAUAUUAAUAAUUAAUUAUUCAACCAAUGUGCUGUCGAUCAAGUGUUGGUAUAAUCAUCCACUUAUUCCACUGUACUCAUCAUUUCUAUCCAUAUUGACCUGCUUGUAAAACAAAUUUGGAAUUAUUGCAUUUUGAUUUCAUGUUGACUGUACAUACUUUAAUGUAAGACUGUAAAUAAAAUUAUUAAAUGUAUUAUUUAUUGUUCA